CUGGCUCACCCAGAUCAAGGUCUGGAUCACCUAGAUCACAAAGAUCAAGAUCUGGAUCACCUAGAUCACAAAGGGAUGGCUCUCCACAUUCACAGAGGUCCAGAUCAGGAAGUCCUGGACCAAGAUCUCCCAUGGGAAGUCCCAGUUCCCCUGUUCAGGAAGCAGUCACACAGCAAGUUUUGGCAGAUGAGUCAGAACACCCUCCUGAUCAGCAAGCAGACAGAGCUGCUGAGAGUGGAGAUGAAAGUGAUAAAGGGUCUGUCGUUGGUGAGUUGAUUGCUGAUAUCUUUGGAUCAUCAGAUGAGGAGGAGUUUGAAGGUUUUGGUGAAGAUGAUGUGGAGAAAGUGGUGAAAGAAAAGCAACAAUCAGCAUUGAUCUCAGAUGACGAAGAUGAUGUCGAAGUUCAUGAUGAAGGUGGUCAAGACAGGGAAGAUGGAGCGGAGGUAGCUCAACAGAAGGAACAGCAUCAACAUCCCGUGUCAAGCAGUGACGAUGAACUGGAAGAUGGCAAAGGUGGCAAUGAGUUUGUGUCUGACUUUGACAUUAUGAUGGCCAAAAAGAAGGAAGAGCAGUCUAAAAGGAGACGUAAACGUAAAGAUGUUGAUCUCAUUAAUGACAGUGAUGACCUCAUCACAGCAAUGUUGACCAGGAUGAAGGAUGCUGCUGCAGAGGAUCGUGAGCUGAACCAGCGAAGACAGCCAGCCACUCGCAAGUUACGAAUGCUUCCACAGUGUAUGCAGCAACUCAGAAAGAGUGACCUCCAGGUGGCGUUCCUUGACUGUGGUAUUUUGAGUGCAAUCACGGAAUGGUUGGCCCCUUUACCAGAUAAAAGUUUACCACAUGUACAGAUCAGAUCAGAUUUACUUAAAAUACUGCAGUCAUUCCCCUCCGUCAGUUCCGAUACAUUGAAGAAUAGUGGUAUAGGCAAAGCUAUCAUGUAUUUGUUCAAACAUCCCAAAGAAUUGAAGCAAAACAGAGAAAUUGCAGGAAAACUGAUUCAUGACUGGUCAAGGCCAAUAUUUAAUCUGACCACCAACCACGGAGACAUGAGCAAAGAGGAGAGAGAACAGAGAGACUACGACCAACUUGGUGCCAAAAGAAGACGAUUAAG